AUGUGGGCCAGGGUCGGCUUCAACUUUCUCUUCUGCGCGGACUACCUGAUCAUGUCCAAGGACGUCGGCGUCGAGACGUGCUCCGGGGUCUACUGGGUCGCCCUGCUGGGGCUCUAUCCUGCCAUCGCCCUGUCUCUGGCCUACGCCAUGAAGCUCCUCCGCGAGCUUGAGGACUGGCACGCCGCAAGGAACGAUCCGCCGGUGGAAGGGGACCCCGCCAUCAGCAGGCGCGCCCUGGCCUGGGUGCCGCUGCUGGCCAUCACCGUGGGCCUCCUCGCCGGGCUUCUGGGCCUCGGCGGAGGGGAGUUUAUGGUGCCUCUGCUGCUGGAGUUCGGCACGCACGCGCGUGUUGCGGCCGCCACCUCCGGGUUUCUCAUCUUUUUUAGCACCUCCUCCAACGUGGUGCAUUACUUAGUCGCCGGCACCAUUGAGCCGUUCCUGGGCUACGGCGCCUCCUGCUUCCUCUUCGCGAUGGCGGGCUCUCUGUGCGGCCUGCUGGCGGGGAACACGCGCUACGUGCGCAAUCACAGCUACCUCAUCAUUUUUCUUGUGGCUCUUGCACUCCUGGCCUCCGCCCUUCUGCUGGUGGUCCGUGGGUUCUCGGAGAUCGACUGGACCUGGGGAGGCUUCUGCCCGUGA